AUGGCAAAACUAGUCGAGGUGCGUGAGAUGGGUGAGGACUAUGGUGUGGGGACAUUCACCUUGCAGUCGUUUUGCACCGGUGAUGUAUUGCUGGAGGAGGCGCCUGUUGUCUUUGCGCAGUCAUUCGUCUCGCAGCGUGGACCGGCAGGAGUGCGGUGCUGCAAAGGCUGUGGGAUGAUCGUCGCAACACUCUCAGAGGAAUGUGAGCGCCUGGCGUGUCUCGCUCGGACGAUGAUGCAAAGAGAGUCCCCUGUGGAAGGUGGGACUGUCAGUCGACGUGUUAGUGGAGAUGGUGAUGAUGGUGGGGUGGGCGCCAGUCAAGAAGAGUGCGAGGAGACGCAAAUGCCCGUGAUUAUUUGCUCCCCUCAUGCCCUGCACGAAACGCUGGAGGAGUUCGCUGCUUCCAAUUUAUUCUGCCACAAGGUAUCGAUGAAUGACAGUGAUGAUCACAGGAAUAAUGGGGAAGAAGCGUUGUUGCCUGGAACCGGGUCGAUGAGCGGAGUGCGGUUUUGUUCAGAUGGAUGCAAGGAACGUUACUUGCACGAACUGGGCGGGAGAUUCCUUUCCGUUUUGCCCACUGCUGGGGCAGAGGCAACAUUAAAAUCAGCAGCAACAGCGAUACGUACGACGUCGACGACCCACAACCUGCAGAGGCCAUCGGCCAAUACGAUCAUGUGCUUUGCUGUCACGUUGGAUGCGGCAACGAUGGAGCAGACGUGGCCGAGUAAAGCUCACGUCCUUGCAACACUCGAGUAUUUGGUUGAGAACUUUAAUGAGAGGCUUCUUCUUAUUUUGUCUCUUCUCGCCCGGUGCCUGCAUGACACAUUGCAUGGCGCAUUCAUUUCGUCAGAACAGCUUCAAGGCCGCUUUGCGGAAAAGGUACACGAAUUUGUGUUGAGGUUUGCUGAGGGUGCCGCACGCCCAUUGACAGAGCAGCAGCGUGCAUUUCUGCGGUUCUCAUGGAAAUGCGUCUGUCGCUGGUUGGAUCUCUGCUGCCAGGAGGAGACGGGUGCGACGGCUGGGCCCGAGCCCUUUUUAUGGUUGACUUUGCAGUUGUAUUUGCGGUGUUUUUGGUUGUUGGACGCCAAUGCGCACAUGUUUGUUGUCGUCUCCCCAUUGUAUAGCCUCCUCUGCUUGCAUGUUCCGACGCCGCAGGCGGUGUAUCAGAGGGGCGGCGAAAAUGGCGAGCUUUCGAGGACUCCUUUGGGUCGACAGAUGGACGUUCUGCGGGAGUUGUUUCACGUUGUGGAGCCGGACGCUGCACAUGCCACAGGUGUUGCCUUAUAUGAUGCCGCGACGAAAAUCAACCAUAGCUGUGUGCCCUCUGUGCGGUUUGUCCCAACACACGGCAGGGUGGGCGCGGUGGUGGUGGCGCUGCGAGACAUUGAGAAAGGGGAAGAGAUACGCUCAUCUUACAUUGACCUCGUCGCAUACAAUUCAAGAGUAGAGCGACGGGGGUACUUGCUCUCCCACUACGGGUUUGAAUGUGACUGUUCUUUGUGUUGCCAAAAGUGA